UUCUCAGGUAUGGAUGAGGGCUGGGUGCCAUGAAUCCAGUGCAGGUUGUCACCCUUUGGUGCAUGCUACUGCUGGUCCCUGGGCUGAGAGCUCCCAGGAGGGGGUCCCCAGAAGAGGCCUCCUUCUACUAUGGAACCUUCCCACCUGGCUUCUCCUGGGGUGUGGGCAGUUCUGCCUACCAGACAGAGGGUGCCUGGGACCAAGACGGGAAAGGGCCCAGCAUCUGGGAUGCCUUCACACACAGCAGGACAGGGAAGGUGCUCGGGGAUGAGACAGCAGACACCUCCUGCGAUGGCUACUACAAGGUCGAGGAGGACAUCGUUCUGCUGAGGGAACUGCAUGUCAGCCACUACCGAUUCUCCCUGUCGUGGCCCCGGCUCCUGCCCACAGGCGUCCGAGCUGAGCAGGUAAACAAGGAGGGAGUAAAGUUCUACAGCGACCUCAUUGAUGCCCUUCUGAAGAGCAACAUUACACCCAUCGUCACCUUGCACCACUGGGACCUGCCACAGCUGCUCCAGGCGCAGUACGGUGGGUGGCAGAAUGUGAGCAUGGCCGGCCACUUCAGGGAUUAUGCUGACUUGUGCUUUGAGGCCUUUGGGGACCGAGUGAAGCACUGGGUCACUUUCAGUGAUCCUCGGGCAAUGGUAGAGCACGGCUAUGAGACAGGCCACCACGCACCAGGCCUGAAGCACCCGGGCACCAGCCUGUACAGAGCAGCACACCACAUCAUCAAGGCCCACGCCCAAGCCUGGCAUUCUUACAACAACACAUGGCGCAGCAAGCAGAAAGGUUUAGUGGGGAUUUCACUGAACUGUGGCUGGGGGGAGCCCGUGGAUAUCAGUAACCCUAAGGACAUAGAGGCUGCUGAGCGAUACCUACAAUUCUGCCUGGGCUGGUUUGCCAACCCCAUUUAUGCCGGUGACUACCCGCAAGUCAUGAAGGACCAUAUUGGAAGAAAGAGCACAGAGCAAGGCCUGGACGUGUCACGGCUGCCAGUGUUCUCGCUCCAGGAGAAGGGCUACAUUAAAGGCACAUCUGAUUUUUUGGGAUUGGGUCAUUUUACUACGAGAUACAUCACCGGAAGGAACUAUCCCUCCCGACAGGGACCCAGCUACCAGAAUGACCGUGACUUAGUAGAACUUGUUGACCCAAACUGGCCAGACCUGGGGUCUAGAUGGCUCUAUUCUGUGCCCUGGGGGUUUCGGAGGCUUCUCAACUUUGCUCAGACUCAGUAUGGAGACCCUCCCAUAUAUGUGAUGGAAAAUGGAGCGUCCCAAAAAUGCCACUGUACUCACCUAUGUGAUGAGUGGAGAAUUCAGUACCUCAAAGGAUACGUGAAUGAGAUGCUGAAAGCUAUAAAAGAUGGUGCUAAUAUAAGAGGUUAUACUUCCUGGUCUCUGUUGGAUAAGUUUGAGUGGGAUAAAGGAUACACAGAUAGAUAUGGAUUCUACUAUGUGGAAUUUAACAGCAGAAAUAAGCCGCGCUACCCCAAGGCUUCAGUUCAGUAUUACAAGAAGAUUAUCAUCGCCAACGGGUUCCCAAAUGCACGAGAGGUGGAAAGUUGGCACCACGAAGCCUUGGAAACUUGCUCUGUCAACAACCAGCUACUGGCUACCGAGCCCUUGCUCAGCCACAUGUGUGUGGCUUCGGAGAUCGUGGUGCCCACAGUCUGCGCCCUGUGUGUGCUCACUGCUGCCCUGCUGCUGACACUCCUCCUCAGGAGCCCAUGCUGA